AGUCGCUGCUUCUUCCACUCAGGACGCUGAAGUGGAGAGUCGCAUGUGAGAUUAGUGGAGAGUUUAAACUCGGUCUUAUUUUUAAAUGUGGACAUAUUUCACCAACAGCAGCGAUAUAACUGUAUGAAGAACAGCAAAGGAUUGUAUUAGUGUGAAUCUGUAGGAGGAGAUAAAGAGAUAAAAAUGGCGGCUGCAAGAAACAAUGAGUUUAAACUCUUUGGACCCCGUGAUGAAGAGCGUCAGUCUCCCUCUGCGGUCACUCUCUCCUGUCACCUGUCUCCUGAAAUCAGUGCUGUUGCCAUGGAGAUCAGGUGGUUUAAGGGGACGGACUGUGUUUGUCUCUAUGAGAACGGGCAGGUGACAGAGGGGAGGGGCUACGAGGGCAGAGUGAGUCUGUUCACUCAGGAGCUGCAGAGAGGAAACGUCUCCUUACAGAUCAGGGACUGCAGCCCAUCAGAUACAGGAGAUUAUCUGUGUCAGGUCACCAAUGGAGACACAACAGAGGAGUGUACAGUAGAAGUGUGGAUGAGUAAGUAUUCCAGAAGUUCACUCUACAUAAACUCAUCAUCAUCAUCAGCGUCUCAGAAUGAAAGAUGAAGAGACAGAAAUGAGAAACACAGAUGUUCAGAAUGGUGUUGUGUUCAGAUAAAGGAGGUAAAACAUACAGAGGAUAAAUGAUGUUAAUGUGGAGUGAAGGACAGAUGGAGCAUUUCAGUAGAAAAAACAGUGACUCUGUUUCUCACUCUGACUCUAAACCUCCACAUCAUGACUGCACAGUGGAAAACUUACAACUGCA